UUUAGGGAAGAAGAUGUACUUCCGGUGAUGUAAGAAAAACUUCCUCCUCUCGUAACGUUACGCGUGACAGUCUCAUCGACGAACCGAGUGCACCACUGAAUCGCAUUACCUUUGUUUAAAAAAAAAUGUUAAUUAUACCGAACCGGAUAAAGUUAUGUUCUUUGGCGUUCACCGCCGCGCGCAUGUACAGCAGCGGCCCCGCAGCCGCCAACAAGAACCCGACGGUUUACUUUGACAUUGCUGCGGACAACCAGCCGCUCGGGAGGGUGACCUUUGAGCUAAACGCCGACAUAGUGCCAAAAACCGCAGAGAACUUCAGAGCGCUGUGCACAGGGGAGCACGGCUUCGGUUACAAGGGAUCCACGUUCCACAGGGUGAUCCCUCAGUUCAUGUGCCAGGGUGGUGAUUUCACGAACCACAAUGGAACUGGAGGCAAGUCUAUCUAUGGAUGGAAGUUUCCCGAUGAGAACUUCAAGCUGCAGCACACUGGACCUGGCAUCUUGUCGAUGGCCAACGCUGGACCCAACACCAACGGAUCCCAGUUCUUCAUCUGCACCAGUAAGACCGAAUGGCUGGACGGCAAGCAUGUUGUCUUUGGCAGCGUGAAGGACGGGCAGGACGUGAUCAAGCAAGUGGAGUCUUUCGGGUCUCGAUCCGGGCGAACCUCCAAGAAGAUCACUAUCGCCGAUUGUGGGGAGCUCGAGUAGUCGCCUCUCCUUGCUGGCAGCAGAUGCCGACACUUCAUCUCUGAGUUGGUCUUUCUUCAGGUAGCAGCGCUAAACGCACUCAACUGUGACAUGGACUAAAAUGUGAAAGUGUGUUUUUGAAUACAAAAUAACAGGUUCUAUUGGGAUUGAGGAGAUUGUUAAUUCCUGAUCAUGCUGUGAAAUGGGCUUGGUAGAGACAAAAAAAAUAAAGUAAGUUUUUCAUAAAUUGUGGGGUUGUUCCUGCCAUCUGCAGUUUUACUACAUCACCGUGGACGCCAAAGGGGUCGGGGUUGUUUUACCAGGUGAGUGAGAUUAGUGUCGCUCUUCCCGCCUCGUGUUUUCCUCAUCAGCCUCAAUUGACUAAUAGUCUUAUUCUAAGUAUUUAUUCUGCUGACAUCUUUCCAGGAAACCUAAGGUGUAUAAUGUCCGAGAUCAUGUUUUAUUUUGCCGGGGAGCAUUUGGUUCCUGCUUGUUACUUUGCUAUAUAGUGGGUGAUGAGGCCAUAUCUGAUUUUACUUGACCCUAAAUAAAUCUCACCAGAUGCAAGAAAAUAUUAAGAGAGAUGCAGAUUCGGUCCAAUGUUGUGGUGGAAAUAAAAGUGUGUAACAUCUGGAAGAGUUAAUGUUGAAGACAGUUUGAUGUUAUCGGUUGUCCGCUAUACAGGUUUGUGUGGCCUUUGCUAUCGGAUCUACUCUAAUCCACACUGACACAUGGAUUUAUUAUAAAGCAAUGCUCAUAAAGAAACCACAUAAAUCCAAGUUU